AUGAAUGAAUGCAGGUAUACGAGGUUUACAUUUUACUAUCUUUUCUGAUACUGUCGUAUUCCUUGACAUGACCUUUGAACUUCUUUAUGGAAGUUUCCCGCGUCUUUCGUGGAUCUGGCAUUUCUUCAGUCAGACGGAGAUUCUGAGAAGAGCAGUGUUUUUCUCGAUCCAAGCAAGGAGCUUUAAUAUAUUGAUCCAAGGGGCGUAGCUACAAGAGGACCAGUUUAUCUGCCCACAAACCGGACUUGACGGGGUUUUCCGCAGUCCGGAUUGGACCAUUUUUUUCCGAAAACCUUAUGGAUAAGAUAUGAUGGCAGGUCGACAGAGAUCCCAAGCAUCAUUUGACUUCUGCCACAAUCCGCAUGCAGGCUCCCUCUUGCAAGGCUUGCAGGAACUGCGAUCUGACAACCAACUGGUUGAUGUUACCCUGUGCGUCUCUGGAAAAGAGAUACCCUGCCACCGAAACGUUCUGGCUGCUUGCAGCGAAUACUUCCGUGCUAUGUUUUGCAAUGGACAUCGCGAGAGUAAGGAGCACAAAGUAACCAUACAUGAAGUCAACGGUAAUGCCAUGCAGCUUCUUGUUGACUACGCGUACACAUCAAAAGUCACCAUCACAGAAGACAACGCUGUGAAAUUGCUAGAAGGGGCCAACUUCUUCCAGAUCAAACCUGUGCGUGAUGCAUGUGUGACUUUUCUAUCAGACAACCUUCGUGAAGAAAACUGUCUGCAGAUGCUGAACAUAGGCAACAUGCUGUCCUGCCCAAAACUAGAGAAGAAAGCCAGAUGGUGUGCCAUGGAGGGGUUCGCAGCAGUCAGUAAAACGCCAGAGUUUAUUUCUUUGACAAAGGAACAGCUCAUCACACUUAUCUCAUCUGAUUACCUUAAUGCUUCAGAAGAAGUCGUCUACACGGCAGGGAUGACAUGGAUCAACCAUGACACCAGGAGGAGGAAUAAGGACAUGAAAGAGCUGAUGGAACUGGUCAGGUUCCCCUUCAUGGACAAGCUGUAUUUCAUGGAGAAUGUGGAGAGUAACAAGGCUGUACAGAAGUCUUGCCUGGACAUUGUCAUGGAAACUCGUAGGCAUCAGCUGUUUCCAGGAGAGGUCCAGUCACCCCGCACCAUUCCCCGCCGUGCCAGUGGUUGGAGUGAGGAAGUAGUCAUCAUUGGAGGGAUAAAGAAAGAAGAAACUGAAGGAAACAAUCAAACAGUUUACAAUAAAACCAUCGCAGUAUACCAUGGGUAUGUUACCGUGGCUAGAUUUCGCGCUGACAGUGUACCAGUAUUUGCUGCUGCUACUUUGGGCACAAGUGACAUCAUUUUGUCUUCUGGUAAGGAGGUCUUACUGUACCAGCCAGAACUUAGGUCUGCAGACUUUUCUAGACUUGAGGAGAUGACAACAGAGCGCCAUGAUCACAACCUUGCAGUCUUAUAUGGUAAAGUGUAUGCCAUUGGAGGCAAAAAUGAUGUUAUGUCUGCCCUAACUUCUGUUGAGGUCUACGACCGAAGAGGAAAUUGUUGGAAGGAAGGUGUUUCACUCCCACAGGGAAGGCACAGUUUUGCCGCUGCAGUGUUGGAUGGCAACAUAUACGUGAUGGGUGGAUAUGAUGCCGAGAUGAAACAAACAUCAACUGUAUAUCGCUUCAAGCCAGGUGACUCCGAGUGGCACCCACAGAAGGACAUGCCUUUUAGAGGUGCAUGUAUCACAGCUGCAACUCUCAAUGGUAACAUUUAUGUCGCUGGACUACGUUCCAAAGUGCUGUGUUUCAAGCCAACUGAAUGUGGCGGUGCCUGGAGUAUUGCAGCCAACCAGGGAGUUGGAAAGUUCUGUGAAAUGACAGUCUUUGAGGGAGAGAUUCGUAUUUACGGAGGCUAUGACAACGGAAAAGGAAGUCCGGAUAUCAUGUGCCUUGACCCAGAAACCCAGUCACUCAAACUUGGAGGACGCAUGAACCACGGUCUGUUUUCUCAUGCUUGUGUCACCAUACUGAAGUACUCUCGUAAUUAACUACCAUGACCAAAGUGUAUAUUUCAACUGGUACCAUGUAACUGUUACUAUGUGUCAAAGAGCAGCUGUCAAACUGAAGGCACCCUUUUCAAUGUUGAUGAUGAUAAGUGCUUUGUAGUCAAACAAUACAUCAGGAUGUGGCUACAUGUAUAUGUAUUCUUUAUUAGUGGGACAUUCUUAGCGGGACGUCUCCAAUGUUGUAGAAGGUUUUCCUGGCAGAGUGACAGACAAAGUUCUGACACAUCCUCCCACUGUAAAUAAUGAAUACUGCAGUGUUUUUCCCAUGUAUGAUCAGUCUCAAAUUUGAUAAGUCUGAAUGAAUUAUGUUUUGAGUUAUAACCUUCAGAGUGAACUUGUUAAACUUCAUGUUGAUGAUCAGAAGUUAGCACAUCUUGUAAGGGGCACUGAAGAAGCAUAUAAACAUAAUUUAAAGUUUUUGUUUGCUUUUAUUUGCAUACUUUUUGUUUAUACAUUGUAUCUACUUUAUUAGACUUAAGACUCUUAGUUAUCUUUUAUAUAUGUUGGGUAUAUGCUCCUCAGAAAGUAAGGCCUCUAUUUUCCAGAACCUUUGUAUGUAAAUAACAUAAAAAGGGGAAAAUGUAGAGAUAGAAUUGAGUCACUUAUUGUUACUCUGUAUUUUUGACAAACAGCACUACUUAUGGAAGUUUCUUCACAUGUUGAUGUAAUCAUGAUCAAUCUGUGAUUAACAAGUUGCUGUUGAAGAAAGCUUUUU